AUGACCACAUGCCAGAAAGACCUGCGCCACUUCAACACUAAACCGGCUAGUACGCGGACGGAGAAGAUUAGUAAUGGGACAGACACCGGAACAAGCUAUGGGAAUAACAAUGACGGCGACGACGAUGAUGAGAAGAUACCGGACAUUGUGAUGGAGAGGAUGGUGGUUAGGAUCUUGGUUUAUGUGGGGGUUCCAUUGGUGAGCGUUAUAGCAAUGCUGCAAGUGUUUGACAUAGUGAAGGAACAACAUGUGUGGAAUGUGCCACUUUGGUUACCUUUCUGGACUACUUUUAUCACAUUUGGGGCAUCAACUUUGGGAGUUGCAUAUGGGACUCUGUCUACAAGUUGGGAUCCGGAGAAGAAGGGUUCGCUUCUCGGGUUUGAAGAAGCUCAGACGAAUUGGGUCGAGAUGUGGAGAGAGGAAGAUGACAGCAAAAGAUGAUUGAUAUUUAGGCCACUAUAUAUAUAUAUAUAUAUAUAUAUAUAUAUAUAAAAUUUCUUAGGUGCUUGACAAAGAUUGGCGUAAAAUAACUUGUUAAAAAUUAAU